CCUACCAGAGGCCCUCUGUAGGUUUUUCAGGACAGUACUGUGAAAUAGAAAUGAAUGAAUGUGAUUCAAGUCCCUGCUUGAAUAGUGCUGUCUGUCACAGUGAUGUCAAUGGAUACAACUGUAUUUGCCCUGAAGGAUUUGAAGGUCUUCACUGUGAAAUCAACUUUGAUGAGUGCACUUAUGGCUUCUGCAAAAAUAAUUCAACUUGUUUGGACCUGAUUGCAGACUACAGUUGCGUUUGUCCUCCAGGAUUCACUGAUACAGGACAUGAGUUUCCAUAAGAAAGCAAAUGAGACAGUGCACUGAUUGAAAUUGGAAGUGGGGAUAAGGACUCUCAUGAUUACAAUGAAUAUUUUCCUCUGUGCUUAUGCUGG